AUGAUGAAGCUAUCACGCCCUUUCGUCCAUCCGGACGCUCUCGUGCGCUCCUUACGCCAGACGCCUCGCCCCAGUCUACAGCGACUCCCACAAUGCCUCAAUGCCCCCCACCAGACACGAACCUUUGUUCGCCGCCAACAGAGGACGUCGCACCGCGCAUUUGAAACCUUGAACCUCGAUCGCAUGCGCACCGAUUCAUACUCUUACCACGUCAAGCGGCAACGAUUCCUUGCAGCUGGCGCCGUUGCUGGCGUGUUGGCGUUUACUUACACCGCGUACCUGCUGUGGAAGGAGGUCUCCAAGCCCGCAAAGUUCGAUUCAGGACUUCCCAGCAAUGUCGACCCCUUCAAUACCGAGGCUGGCAGCAAGCGCAAGACCGUCGUGCAUGAUAGCGAGGGCAGGGAAAUGGUUCCUACGGGCAACAAGACAGUCGAAUGGUUCCCCCGCCUACUGAACUUGGAUACAGGUGCUGCCGAUGGGCAGGAAGCCAAGAAUGGAGUCGAGUACACACUUGUUGGUUUGGGUACGAGGACUGUCACUUUCCUCGGCUUCGAGGUCUACGUUGUCGGGUACUAUAUCGCAACGCCCGACAUUGCGGCUAUCCAACGUAAACUUGUCAAGGAGAUCCACCCAAUUGCCACAACGCUGGUGCCCAGCGAACGCGAUGAGCUGAAGAGGAAGUUACUGGAUCCCGUGGAAGGCGAAAGGCUGUGGCUCGACAUUCUUGGAGACGUCAAGCCAAGAAGUGCCAUGAGAAUUGUCCCCGUCAGGAAUACAGAUUUUCCUCAUUUGCGUGACGGCUUUGUGCGGGCUAUCACGGCCCGGUCGCAAGCUCACAAGGAAGAGUACAAUGACGAACUAUUCGGUUCGGCCAUGGCGGAAUUCAGGACAUUAUUCAACCGAGGCAAGGUCCCCGCCAAGGGAGAGUUGAUUUUGGUUCGCGACGAGAGGGGUGUCUUGACGAUCUUGUACGAUGAAGGAAAGCAGCAGAAGCAGAAGACCGAGGACGAAAAGGUCCUCGGCACCCUCGGCCGAGUUGCCGAUGAACGUGUCAGCCGCGCACUGUGGAUGAACUACCUCGGAGGCAAGGCGGUAGCAAGUGAGCCUGCCAGAAAUAACAUCGUUGAGGGUAUUAUGGAGUUCGUCGAGAGGCCUGUGGGCACUGUCGCCGCACAGGUUGUGUAA